AUGGACCCUAACAACGCGGUUAGACCAGACUAUACGUUACCAGAGUUCCAUGGAGAACGACAACAAUUAAUUGACGAAGGCUUAUCCGAACAACAGGCCGUUCGAUCCUUGACAGCGUUAUGGAAUUUUAACAAUAACGCUGAGAAGGUACGUUGGACAGCUAGGCUAGAGCGCCUAGAAGAGGCUCGUCAGCGAGCCGAAGAAGACGAAGCCCAGAGGCAACAAGACCUUAAGGAUGAAGAAGAAGCAACUCGGUUAGAAGAUAGGAAGAAAAAUAAGAACAAGUACGCGCCUAUCAAGCGCGGAAAAGUUCCUUCUGACCCUACUAUCCUCCCGGCGCAGUACGCGACCAGGAGAUUGAAAGCAGGGGACUACUGCGAGUUGCACUAUUUCACCAACAAAGGCCUCGACGAGGCCAAGGUUUCAGCUUUAAUUGCCAAACCCGAUGCGCUGGUAAUGCUCCCAGCAUCAGAUGGGAUCCACUCAUGGGUUCUGGCUGCAGCAGUCAAAGAUCCCAAGGCGGCCCCAGUCACCAAAGAUGAAAAUCUUACCUGGGAAGAAUUUAACGAAGCGGCCCCAUGCAUAAUCUCAUUUAUGAAAGUACACGACUGGCCAGACGACAGAGUCAGCAUGCACAUCCAGUUCUGGACGGCUCUUCAAGCACACCGCUGGCGUCACGCACCGGACGUCCUCAAGCAAAAAGCUCUACUACUUUACCAGUCGCAACAGCGACGACGCUGGCACCUUACGGUGGGAACCGCGCAAGGUUGGAGUUUAGAGGAAAUAAACCAGGACCUGCUAAUCGAAGCGAGAGAGGAAUUAUUCAAUGAGAAACGGGACAAAGACACAGCAUUGGCGGUCCAGGUCAGUUAUAGACUCUUUUCAAAUGUUCCAGCGCUCAUCACACGCCUGUGCAUCGCACCGCUUCCACCCCUUUUCUUCCACCCCGCUGUGUUAUUUAAUUAA